UUUCCCUUUGACCUCUUGCCUGAGUACUGGCGGGAGAUUGUUUGCAGCAUGGCGGUGCAGCCGAAGCAGAGCAUGUCUAUGGACAGUGCCGCAGAGAGCGGCUUUAUUAACUUCUAUUAUUCAAUGCCAGAGAAACCGGACACUACCAUCAGAAUGUUUGAUCGUACUGAAUAUUAUACGGUGCACGGGAAAGAUGCGUUGUUUGCAGCUAAGGAAGUGUUCAAAACAAAUGGAGUAAUUAAGAAUCUUGGAGCAGGCAGCCGGAAAUUGGAAAGUGUUAUUCUCAGUAAAAUGAAUUUUGAGUCCUUUGUAAAAGAUCUUCUUCUGGUGCGACAGUACAGGGUUGAAGUUUAUAAGAAUAAGGCAGGUGGAAAAGCAACCAAGGAGCAAGACUGGCAGCUGGCAUAUAAGGCCUCUCCUGGAAACCUGACCCAGUUUGAGGAUAUUCUCUUUGGUACUGGUGAGCAGUCAGCUGGAGCAGGAGUUGUUGGUGUAAAGCUAGGAACAGGUGAAGGAGGCCAGAGGCAGGUUGGAGUGGGCUAUGUGGACUGUACACUACGGAGGUUUGGGGUGUGUGAAUUUCCCGACAACGACCAGUUCUCAAACCUAGAGGCUCUGCUAGUACAGAUUGGACCCAAAGAAUGUGUACUGGCAAGUGGGGAGGUUGCUGGAGAUGUUGCCAAGCUAAGGCAGGUGGUUCAGCGUGGUGGAAUCCUUAUCACUGACAGAAAGAAGACAGACUUCAGUACCAAAGACAUUGUGCAGGAUCUAAACCGAUUGCUUAAGGCCAAGAAGGGGGAACAGGUUUCCAGUGCUGCUCUGCCUGAAAUGGAGAAACAGGUUGCCAUGUCAUCAAUUUCAGCUGUGAUUAGGUACCUGGAGCUGCUUGCAGAUGAGUCAAAUUUUGGCUGUUAUGAGUUAACAACUUUUGACCUUGGUCAGUACAUGAGACUUGAUAAUGCUGCAGUACAGGCACUUAAUCUUUUUCAGGCUUCUGCGGAGGACACCACAGGAACUCAGUCUUUGUCUGGUUUGUUGAACAAAUGCAAAACACCUCAAGGUCAACGACUGGUAAACCAGUGGAUUAAACAACCACUUAUGGACCGAAACCGUAUUGAAGAGAGGCUGAACCUUGUUGAGUCUUUGAUGGAAGAUUCUGAGUUGAGACAGAGUCUACAAGAGGACAUCCUUAGACGUUUCCCAGACCUUAACCGCCUGGCUAAAAAAUUCCAGAAACAUUCUGCCAAUCUACAGGAUUGCUACCGGGUUUACCAGGCAGUGGGGCAGCUAUCCAACCUUGUGUUUGCAUUAGAGAAAUACACUGGAAAACACCAGAUGCUUCUGCAUGCUGCUUUCGUCUCCUCGCUGAACGACCUCAUCAAUGAUUUCAACAAAUAUCAAGAGAUGAUCGAGACAACGCUGGACAUGAAUCAGUUAAAGCUUGCUAAGUACAUAAUCAUAUGUUUGAUGUUAGCUAAUCAUUUGUGUUUUGUUUGCUUUGGCAGCAAGCUAAGCUCCUACAAUGAAGAAUACAUGAAAAGCAAAGAGGAGUAUGAGGAAGCACAAAAUGCUAUUGUAAAGGAGAUCAUUAAUAUUUCUUCAGGCUAUGUGGAUCCAAUCCAGACUCUUAAUGAUGUGAUUGCUCAACUUGACGCUGUGGUCAGUUUUGCUCAUGUGUCAAAUGGAGCCCCAGUGCCUUAUGUACGACCAAUCAUUUCAGAAAAAGGUCAAGGCCGGCUUGUCUUGAAAGCUGCACGACACCCAUGUAUUGAAGUGCAAGAUGAUGUGGCUUUUAUCCCCAAUGAUGUGACGUUUGAGAAAGGAAAGCAAACAUUCCAUAUAAUAACAGGCCCAAACAUGGGAGGUAAAUCCACCUAUAUUCGGCAGGCAGGAGUCAUUGUUCUCAUGGCUCAGAUUGGAUGUUUUGUACCAUGUGAUGCUGCAGAGAUUAAUAUUGUUGAUUGCAUCUUGGCUCGUGUUGGGGCUGGAGACAGUCAGUUGAAGGGUGUCUCUACAUUUAUGGCUGAAAUGCUGGAGACAGCGGCUAUUCUUCGGUCAGCAACAGAGGAUUCUCUAAUUAUAAUUGAUGAACUUGGAAGAGGGACAUCAACGUAUGAUGGCUUUGGGCUGGCCUGGGCAAUCUCUGAUUACAUUGCUACAAAGAUUCGAUCUUUUUGUCUUUUUGCCACUCAUUUUCAUGAGCUAACGGCCCUUGCUGACCAAGUGCCCACUGUGAACAAUCUACAUGUCACUGCUCUGACAACGGACGACACUCUCACCUUUCUGUACCGAGUUAAAAAAGGUGUCUGUGAUCAGAGUUUUGGAAUCCAUGUGGCUGAGCUGGCCAGCUUUCCAAAGCAUGUAAUUGAGAAUGCAAAGCUGAAGGCUCUUGAACUUGAGGAGUUUCAGUAUAUUCAGAAAUCUGAAGAGUCAGAGAGUGCCCCCAUUGCUAAGAAGCGAUAUAUGGAACGGGAGGAAGGGGAGAAGAUAAUUGAGGAUUUCUUGUCUAAAGUGAAGGCUCUGCCCAUAUCUGAGAUGUCUGAAGAAGCUGUCAAGAAAGAACUGAAGAAAAUUAAAGCAGGUGUUCUAGCGAAAAAUAACAAUUUUGUGAAUGAAGUGUUGUCCCGAUCUAAAGUUGUGGCUUAAAGGAAAGCAAGUUGGAGUUAGAAGAUGUGAGUCUAUAUCGUCAUAUCCACUUCAUACAAAGAACUUCUUGUUUUAGAAUGGUGUAGAAUCUCCUUUAAUGUUCAUUUUACGAACAUGCUGCUGCAUCUUCAUGCUGAAUAUUUUUACACUUUCAGCCACAGUUAGACUUUUCUGAGUGCUCUGAUUAAAAUGUACAUACUUUUUGUAAGUUCAAUAAAAAAAAAUCUCCAAAUCA